GGAAGCUUGGCCUCGCAGUAGAGGCUCUCUAUCCUGUGGGGGGCUUCGGCCAGUGGGCUUCGUGAGCUGGGGUCCCGCCUGAGGAAUCCGGAUGGCAUCGGUGGUCUGGGGGAGAGGCGGGGCCUGGCGCGGGACAAGGCGAAGCGCCGGCGGCCGACGGCUUCUGAGGAAUUUCACUUGGAGCCACACGGGGCGGGGCCUGCUGCUAGGCUGUGGAGCGCAGUGUCUUCCAUCGUUGCCUCACAGACCCGCUGCUCCCGGAAGUCGCCACGCAUCCUCAGGGCACACCCACACCUGUCGCCUGCGCCCUUCGCCGCUCAGCUGUUUGCUUUUGUUUACGCAUUCCGGAGACCUGACCCACCGGAGCACUGGGCUUUGGAGCGCUCUUUGUAUUCAACUCCGAGAGCGAGUGGGAAACCCGGGACUGGGUUGGGUGGAUCCCUGCGUCUCUCCCUAGCCUUCGUCCUCUUCUCCCAUUUUUCCACUUUAUGAAAGUAUUGCCUAGAGAUGAGGGCUGUCCAACUCAACACUUCCAACCUCAAGUUCCUACUUCAUCUCUAACUCCCUAGAGUUAGAAAACAACGUACAGCUCAGAGGUCCCUUUCCCUUUUUUUCUUGAGAAACUUUAUUCAGCUUUAUCUCAAGACAUCACCGCUUCCCUCUCUUGUCAACCUUAAAUAGUGAGGUUCUGGAAAUACGAUUAAGGAUAGAGUUUAUUCCAGCGUAAGGCUUGAGGGUAGCCACCCAGGAGACACCAGCUCCAAAUGGGGUCAGCAUUCCAAAGUGAAGAAGUUAAGGUUUCACUUAGGUGGUCAGAGACAAAUUUUAACAGGAUUUCAUUUCCCGUUAAGAGACCAGUGCAUACUUACAGCUGUUUGGUAGGUUACAGAUUGCUACAUUCCAAGAAAGGGUACUUUGUUACUCCAUGAGGAGGGGUAGUGAUCUCAGGGGGUUGUAUCUCUGGUAUGGUUUGGUCCUCCUAUUUUAAUUAUUUAUAGAAACAAAAGGCAGACGUUGCAGAUGCCUGCUGCUUGACUCAGGCUGUAGCCACAUUCCUCUCAAGGCUCAGAAUAAAGUUCCAACAGCUUUAAGUUUGAAUUAUUUAACUUCAAAUAACUAUACUUAGGUCAUUUUGUUUACUAAUGUGCUAAAUAAAGAUGUGGGCUCUAGGCCGGGUGCAGUGGCUCAGGCCUGUAAUCCCAGCACUUUCGGGAGGCCAAAGCAGGUGGAUCACCUGUGGUCAGGAGUUCGAGACCAGCCUGGCCAACAUGGUGAAACCCCGUCUCUACUAAAAAUACAAAAAUUAGCUGGGCGUGGUGACAGGCACCUGUAAUCCCAGCUAGUCGGGAGGCUGGGGCAGGAGAAUCGCUUGAACCCGGGAGGCAGAGGUUGCAGUGAGCCAAAAUGGCACCACUGCAUUCCAGAAAAAAAAAAAAAAAAAAAAAAACCUAUGGGCUCUAUAUACUGCACAUUGCAGUACAUCCAGGUCCUAGGCUUUUAUUCAGUAAAUUACAGAAAAGAUUAAAGAUAUAAAGCAGAAAGUAAGGCAAUAUUAGGCCUUAGUCCAUCUCAGCUUCACCAAUUCAGCUCCUAAAAAGGUUGCUUAUGAAGUGUGAAUUGUAGUGGUAGCUACUGUUUCAUGGUGGUAAAUAUUCGUUUUGACUUUAUGUACAUUUUCUAUUAAACAUUGGAGUCAUCCUGAUAGACAUCUUUGUAACUUCCUGUCAAAACAACAUGUGGGACAGGCCUAGUGGCUCAUGUGUGUAAUUCCAGCACUUUGGGAGGCCAAAGUGGAAGAACUGCUUGAGCUCGGGAAUUUGGGAGCAGUCUGGGCCACAAAGUGAGAACCCAUCUCUACAAAAAAUAAAAUAAUUAGCCGGAGUGGUGGCUCACACCUGUAGUCCCAGCUACUUGGGAGACUGAGGCAGGAAGAUUGCUUGAGCCCAGGAAAUCAGGGCCACAGUGAGUUAUGAUCACACCACUGCACUCCAGCCUGGGCAGCUGAGUGAGACCCUGUCUCAAAAACGAACAAAAAAACCCAACAUAUUAUGAAUUAUCUUUCCAUAGCAGUAAAUGCACUAUAUUUCUAUUAAAUUAUUGUCUUUUAA